GACUUUCAAUCCUAUUUUGAAUAUAGAAUGAGAAUCGACGACAUAAAAUUUGUUCUUUGUUGGACCAUAAUUGUUCGUCAAUAUGUGAUACAAUGUAAUGUUGCCUAUAUAACCUACUGUCCUUGCAUGGGUCGGCUUGGAAACCAGAUAGAACAGUUCCUAGGUAUGAUUGCAUUUGCAAUAAGAAUCAACCGUACUCUUGUUUUGCCUCCAUGGAAUAUUAUGUCAUCUUUACAGGCUAAUUUUGUGCCUUUUGGAAAUUUAUUUAACAUCACCACGCUUCUAUCAGUUCAUCAGUUUGUUUCAUUGGAAAAUUUUAUGUUGAAUGAAGCUCCUGUCAUCUGGCCAGCAACUAAACGUACAGCGUUAUGCUUUCGACCUAGAUCGGGUCCUUUACUUAAUGAUUGUAAUGCUAAGAAUGGGAAUCCUUUCAAAGAAUUUUGGGAUAAAUUUAAUGUCAGUUUCAUAGGCUCUAGUUUCUAUUUUCCUCUAAGUACAGAUGAUCCUAAAGAGAAAUGGGAUCAGUUAUUUCCUUCAGAAACUUACCCAGUUCUUGCAUUUAUUGGACCACCUUCGUCUUUCCCUGUUCGUCCUGAAAACCGUGUAUUCCAUCGUUAUUUAGAAUGGAAUAGUCAUAUUAAUCUAGUCACUGACAAUUUUAUAAGUCGGUGGUUAAACAAACCUGUAGUUGGAGUUCAUUUACGUAAUGGAGGGGAUUUUUCAAAUGCUUGCUCACAUUUAAAAAGUGGUUUACGUAUCUUGUUCUCAAGCGCCCAGUGCCAUGGUGAUUUUAAUGAACUUCCUCCUUACAAAGUAACGGAAGAUAUGUGCAUCCCCCCAAAAGAAUUAAUUCUUCAAACAAUUUCGUACGGUGUUCGUUUAAUUAAAGCAAAAAGUAUAUACGUAUCUACUGAUAAUGAUCCUAUGUUGUCAUUAAUUCGCCAUCACUUUAGUGAUACGACUGUAAAACGUGUUGUGUGGGAACCUAAUAGAAAACCUGAAGAAGACUUGGCAUUGUUAGGGCGAAUCGAUUUAGCUAUCCUCAAUUGUGUGUCAACUUACUCUGCUGCGGUGAAACGUGAACGGGAUGCAAAGAAUUUACCCAGUAUGUUUUUCGGAUUAACUAUUGAAAAUCAAAGAGGAUUGGAAGUAUUGUGCAAUUCGACAAAUAAUGAUGCCAACUACUGGUGGUCAAAACUGUACAGAAAAUAAGUUCUUAGUGUAUCAUAAAUAUCACCACGAUUGUAAAGCUCAAAUGUGGAGUUUGGGGAAUUGUGGGUUCGUCAACGUCACAGUUUGUACGAGCUGCCAUUUCUAAACAGGAUAUAACAGUAGUAGACUCAUAGUACAAUGCUAAAACAAACCCACCUGUUAACUUAUUGGUAUAUUUGCAUGAAUAUUUUAUCACAUAUUUUGACUGUAUUUAUUUAGUAACUCAAACUGAGUAGUAUAUUAUCUGUUAACUCAUGUUGCAAUUUGUUGAUCAUAUAUGUAAACAUGGUGUGUGGCUGCUGUUAGAAUUAUACACAUUAUAAACUCUGGUUACGUUGGAUUUGUGCUCCAAAAAUAUCUUUAAAAAAGUGACAUACUUGUAAAUAAGUGUAUGGAAUUGCCAAACCGUGAGGAAAUGACAAAACGUUCAUACAGAAGUCGUGAGUGUUUCUUCAUACAAAACCUUUUGUUAACACAGAAGGUUGAAUUCGUUUAAGUUUCCCUUUCCUUCCCGUUUGUUGUGGUAAAUAAAUCCUCAAAAUAAUUAUUUCUGUAUGUCUAAUAUUGGUGGUGACCUCACUAGUUUUACUAAACGCAUCCUAUCUUGAGGUGCUUGGUUACGUAUUCUUACAGAAUCACGAGUGAGUACGUUAUGCUACUCAUUAUUCACAACUACUAGACAACUUAGCCCGAACGCUUAUCGACAUAUCUCAAUUUUCCAAAUAUAUCUACGAACUCAUUAAAUCCUAGCUUCUGAUUUUACUAGGUUGGUACCCUUCGAUCAUAAAAGUAUUAUGGCUAAUGCGUUGUUAAAUCCCGAAUAUCCGUUGCAUUUUUAGCAGCGAGAUCGACGUGAUUUGGUACGUCGAAAAACACUGUUUCUUGUGGUGACGUAAGACAUAUUUUCUUUGUACAUUACUUACUUACGCCUUGUUAAGUUUGCUUACAUUGUUCCUACUCGUUUCCUUUCUACUCUUUUGUAUAUUGUUUUGUACUACUUAUUUACAUUCAGUAAGCAAUUGUAUUUCCAACAAUUUUACACCUAUGUUGUAACGCAAGUUGUAGUGUAUUAUUCUGAAUUAUUCACAUAUAUUUAUGACGUUUAUUGUACUUAUCAUUGUAUUUAUCAUUAUAAUUACUGUACCUUAAUCACUGUAACGUUUAUCCACAGUUUCGUGCAUUUGUUUAAACGCAACAGUUUCCAUAUUGUUUUGCUCUUGGUUCGGAUUUCGGUUGUUCAUAAACUGCUAUCAAAUUUAGACACAGCUAUCAGCUGUCCUUUGUACUAUCGUAUGUUAUAAUUAUUCUUUAUGUUACUGUUACAGGAAGCCUUUUAUCUUUAUACUUGAAGCACGCGUUUAAACGCCACGGACACCUCACAAGUUGAGGUAUGUAACUAAAUUUUGUGUAUUAUUCAAUAAAGAACCGCUAUUAUAGAC